CAGGCUGUUGUGAAAAGCCCUUCCUGUCCCACCGAGGCCCAGACCCCGCCUUUCCUGUCUGGACGCGCCUCCUCAGCGUGUCACUCAGCCUGCCUGGCUCGCCUCAGUCAGGCUCAGCUUCUCUCCUCUCCGCCCCGCCUUUUGAGUGGCGUUGCCGCCAGGCCCCGCCCCGCUGUCGCGCUAGCUGCAGGUCUCUAGCUGGCUGGGUUCGCGCUCCGCUCGUCUUCGCGGGACUCCAAAGUUACCAUGGCGGCGGUUACCCCAACGACCAGCGGGUGGAGGCUGCUGCUGGUGCUGAGUGCCGUGGGCCUCGAGGCCGCGGGUGUCCCUCAGCCCCCCAACAUCGUGCUGCUGCUCAUGGAUGACAUGGGGUGGGGUGACCUGGGCGUGUAUGGAGAGCCUUCCAGAGAAACCCCAAAUUUGGACCGGAUGGCUGCAGAAGGGAUGCUUUUCCCAAACUUCUAUUCUGCAAACCCAUUGUGUUCACCAUCCAGGGCAGCUCUGCUCACAGGACGGCUGCCCAUCCGCAAUGGCUUCUACACAUCCAAUGCACAUGCAAGGAAUGCAUACACACCUCAGGAGAUUAUGGGUGGCAUUCCUGACUCAGAACACCUCCUGCCUGAGCUCCUGAAGAAGGCUGGCUACACCAACAAGAUCGUGGGCAAGUGGCAUCUGGGUCACAGGCCCCAGUUCCACCCCCUGAAACACGGAUUUGAUGAGUGGUUUGGAUCCCCCAACUGUCACUUUGGACCUUACGACAACAGGGCCAAGCCCAAUAUCCCUGUGUACAGGGACUGGGAGAUGGUCGGCAGGCCUAUAUUCUAUUACCGUGGCAACACACUGAUGGCAGUCACUCUUGGCCAGUACAAGGCCCACUUCUGGACUUGGACCAACUCCUGGGAGGAGUUCAGACAGGGCAUCAACUUCUGCCCUGGGCAGAAUGUCUCAGGAGUCACAACUCAUACCCAGGAAGAGCACACGGAGCUGCCCCUGAUCUUCCACCUGGGACAAGACCCUGGGGAGAGGUUUCCACUCAGCUUUGCCAGUGCUGAAUACCAAGCUGCCCUCAGCAGGACCACCCUGGUUGUCCAGCAGCACCAAGAGUCCUUGGUCCCUGGACAGCCCCAGCUCAAUGUGUGUAACCAAGCUGUCAUGAACUGGGCACCCCCAGGCUGUGAAAAGUUAGGGAAAUGUCUGACACCUCCAGAGUCUGUCCCAGAGAAGUGCUCCUGGCCCCAUUAG